GUGGAACAGACUUUGCAGCAGAAGUUCUUUUCAACCACAAAACGGCCUCCAUGCGCCUAGCACCACGUACUGAAGUGCAAAGAACAAUGUUCACAAGUAGAAGGGAUUUUCUGGUGGCCGACAGCAAUGCGUUUUUGACGAGGAGCCGCAGCCGCUCAGAAUCUACAGCCCAGCUCAGCCUGCUGAAGUGGCCAGGAGACUGUGUUCCCUAUAAAUACCGCAAGGAUGAGAUUGAAAAUUGGGCAGGCUUUUUCACGGCCAACGGAAUAAUAAAUCGGUCGCACCUGUUUGUGUGUGUGUGUGCUCGGAUGAACCUGGUCUUUAGCUCUUCAUUGUGGGCACCCUACGGCGGGUAUAUGCAUAUUUCAUUCAGUGAGCGCUUUCUCUUUGCCGUUCUAGUACGUACUUAGAGAUUGGAUCGUGGCGUCGGCCCAUACACAUCUCUGCUGCCCACUGUAGCGCUUUUCAUUAGCCCAGGAACAACGCCAAAACCAGGCUUCGUGUCACAGGAACCCAACCGGGUUACGGGGUACAACAACCCAUUACGCUGCAGCACAUGUUGGAACACAUGCAGCAUAUGUAACAUUGUUGGAAAGCCCGUCCACUUCUCGCACGUUUUCAGCAAUCCACUGAAGGUCUGACAGGCUCAGCAGCUAUCAGGAAUCGCCACCACAGAUUGACACUAGGAAGGCAUCCAGAAGUAUAGCAGCACGCUCAAGCCGCUGCACCCAGGACGCUGAGCAGGUGCUGCCUGAGUGAGAAAGCAGCGCUGUUUGACUUGCUCUAGGCUCUACCAAUCAACUAGGCUGCAUCAAGCCGGCAUUCCGCUGUUGACAAACGCCACAAAUAUCACGUUGUGCCCUCGACAACAGACCAGGUCGCAGAGGACUCCUAAAAACGACGCGGUCUUGUCCGACAACGUCGCACCAUCAGUGAGACAUCAGAACUCGACAACCACCAAACCUGCAAGCGGGCGAGCCCAUCUCUCCGGAGCGACUCUACGCACUCGGAUUGGCGGCGCAGCUAGCGGGUACUGAGCGACUCAACUGUACCCGUAGAUCUACCCGCACCUGUACGUGUCCCGGACCCUGGAAAACGUGCAGAUUUCCACACUCUACUCUGUACACUGUCUGCCCGUACUUCGCAUGCUCUCGCUGUCCAAGAUAACAGAAUCAUUCCAGAGAAGUCGCCUAGACGCAACCAGGCCGAUCACCAAGCUGAGCACGACGCGCGGCGGAAAACGGAGAAGAUGAUGUCCGCCAUUGUCGGACAUUGCCGGACGCAAGUGGCCGGCAUGAUACUCAACAUUGUCCUCCUCCUGGUUCCCUUUUCAGUAAUAGGGGCGCCGCUACAAGAUACUCCCAUCCGUCCGUACAAGCUAUGUAAUGAAUUACAGCAAGCCCAGCAUGCGUGUGGCCCAAAACAGAGAUGUGUAGCACACUAUCAGGAGAAUGCCGUCGAGCUUGAGUGCCAUAAUCCUGCAGAGGCUGCACUAAAAAUUCAAUCUCGUCUCCAUGGUGAUGUGUUACACACUCUGACGUUGAACGGGGUAUUUGAAAAGCGCAAGCAGGCCGACAGACCAACUCCGGCGCCGAUAGUGGACAGCCCGAGAGCUCUGCUGAACUUCCGACGAAAUAGGGCUAGAGACGCAUGCAAGUGUCAGACGGGUGUACUGCACCAAGUCGGCGAAACGCCCAAACUGCGCAAAGUCUGUCAGUCAGAUUUCGUUCUUCUGGCCGCUGUGAAUACAACCAGCAGUGUCGGGUUUGGCGUGACCAUACAGACGGUGUUCCGUAUCUCUCGUGUGGCAGUAUCCGUGCUGCCCGACCACCUUACACAGCUGUCUAUCCAGGGCAAUAUCAACCUCAACCAUCGGACAGCUAGUCGUGCGUGUCAAUGUAACAUUUUGGAAUCCGGUCGCCAGUACCUGUUCAUGGGCCAGGACGACGGCGUGCUGGGAAACCUCAUCAUCGACGCGUCGUCCGCCAUCUACCCCUGGACGGGCGCCAUAGCAACGCAUAUUCAGCACAGCGCUCGCCGUUGCUUCAAGCUACGCUGGCUGGAAAAGCAGUACAACGCGACACGCGAUGGUACAGCCUGAUGCAGCCAGUCGCGAUGGCCGGUUGGUCGGACAAGUCGGAGAAGGACAACGAUGUGCACGGAUAAACAUGGUUGUAGAAGUGAGGGUAGCCCUGCCCUUCGCAGCCUGGCACCAUAUCGUACACCCCGGCGAUCGGCCGUGAGGUUGAUAGUGCGGGUGACAGUUUGGAGAAGGACACUCUUCACAACGGCAAUGCCUGCUAGCAGUAGUUGUCAGACACUUCGGAGUGGGAUUGCAUGUAUGACCAUGCUGAUGAAGCAUGGUGUAUGAUUCAUUGGACAUUGACUGGAUGGGAGACUGAACAUCGCUUCACUUAUUCUCACCUCAUCACGCUCCUGCAUGCCAACGCUCGGAGCCUCUUCAAAAGCAUUAUCAUUUCACGGCCAUUGGCCCCACAGUGCGUUCGUCUCAAAUCGCAGAAUUAUUUUUUUGAAUCCAGGGCAUGGUGAUCUGUUGAAUCAACGACUGAAAAAUAUGAAUUCAUGAUUUCUCUGUACAUGCCUGUAUUGAUAUUCUAUUAUAUACCCUCCCUCCCCCACCCCCCCUUGAAUAACCUAGGGUCUAUCGGCCAUAUCGGGUCAGUUCUGUUUCUUUUACCAGGAUUUUCAGCUUGAAGUGCAUUCUUAUCUACCGGUUUUAGAAAUCUUUCCACCCGACUUUGAGAAUUCCUCGAACCGUAACAUGCAAACUAUUA